AUGCCGCCGAGACAGACAGCUGCUUCGUCGAUAAGUGACCAUGUUGAAAAGCCCCUACAGAGUUCCACUGCCAGUGACCCGUCUGCGUCUGCCGGUGCUGUGAUCGAGCGCAAGAUCACAGGUGUUGCGUGGUUUGUUGUCAACGUUGCCCUGCUGUCGGCGACUUUUCUUUAUGCCUUCGACAAUACCGUGACAGCAACGGCGCGGCCUGCCAUUGUCGACACAUUUGGCAACCGCAUAGACAUGCUACCAUGGGUUUCAGUGGCAUACCCAAUGGGUGAAAUUGGCACCAAUCCUAUCUGGGCGAAGCUCAACAAGUUCCUCAACGGCAAAUUUGUCUUUCUUGCAGCCCUGUUUAUCUUCGAAGUAGGAUCUGCGGUUAUUGGCUCAGCGUCGUCCAUUGGCGCUGUCGUCGGGGGUCGCGCUCUGGCUGGCUCCGGCGGCUAUGGCAUCUAUGUCGGCACCAUUAGCAUGAUCACCGGGAUGACGACUGCCAAAGAACAAAACCACCUGGGAACCAUUCUUGGUCCCAUUAUCGGAUCUGCCUUCGCCGAUUCGCCUGCAACAUGGAGAUGGGCUUUUUAUAUCAACAUCUGCGUUGCCGCUGUUGCCGCCCCCGCGUGUAUCUGGAUCAUGCCUUCGGCGCCACCCAGCGUGUCAUUGGGGCUCAUGAACGUGAUUAAGGCAUUUGACCAUGUAAGUGCUGUGCUAUUUCUUGGCUCUGCCGUGUCGACAGUCAUGCUUCUGGGCUUUGGCGGCGUCGUGUACAGCUGGGAUAGCGGUCAGAUGAUCGGACUUUACGUUGCUACUGCUGUGCUAUGGAUCCUGUUUGCUCUGCAGCAGGAAUUCCACCUUUUCACAUCGGAUCGCAUUUUUCCCGUGCAGUUCUUCAAGGAUCCAUUAGUGGUUGGCUUGUGGAUCUGGACAAUUGUCGCAAUGUCUGACAUCGUUGUCACCAUCUACACGCUUCCGCUGUUUUUCCAUCUAUACGCUGCCAUUGUAGCAUCUGUUGUGGUCAGUGCAGGCAUCAGCGGGGGACUUUUGCCCAAGUUCCCAUGGUACAAGUGCUGGUUCAUCUGGGCCAGUGUCCUGCUCCUUGUAAGCAACGGCCUGCUGUCCAGCAUUCACACAAACACCUCCAGGGCUACUAUUUGUGGAUACACCAUUAUGGAGGGGUUUGGGGUCGGGCCAGUCAUUCAGCUUGGCUAUACCGUGGGCCAGUUGAAGCGUCCGCAGGCGACAAGAAGGGACGUUACGGCGUUCUUCUCUUGUGCGCAGAUGGGUGGUCUAGCCUUGUCACUGGGCAUCGCUACCUCUGUUCUUAUCAACCAUGCUACGGAGGAGAUAUCGCACAGUGAAACUAGGGACCAUUUUACACGGCGUAGCGUAAUGUUACCUAGACGAACCUAGUCAUUACUAGCUGGGGGCGCUAUAUAUCCAGCCCCGCAACCCUAGAGCCACAUCUGAGACGCCCGCCUGUUGCUGGCCGCA